CUCUUCCCCCCUCUUUCCUACCCGCACGCCAGGAGAAACCCACGCACGCACAACCCACCCACCCCCACCCACCCGGCAGCGCCGCGCCUGCCUCCUCCUCGCCGGCGACGAGCCGCCGCCGCCGCCGCUUCUCCUCGGUUGCUGCUCGCCGGAGGAGGGGGGAGAUUCCGGUGUGGCGUGGGUGCACUCCCGUGUGGGAGACGCGGCCGAAUUUCUCUGACCGGGUCUCCCUUCUGAGUUGCCGUGUGCUACCGAGAAGCUUUCAAAAGAGGCAUUCGGUUUUGUGGCGCUGGUCUCUUCGCGGAGGCUAAUUUAAUCGGAGUCUCGCUUGGGGGAAGUGACCUGGUCGCCGCCUCCGCCGCCGCCGCCGCCGCCGCUCGUCGUUGCCGUCGAGGGGAGAGAGGGGAGCUGAUGAGCUCCUCCGAAUCCUAGGGUUUUUGACCGUGUCCUCGAGCUCUGCAAGGCUUUGGAGUAGUUGAUGAUGCCGACGGGGCUGUUUGGAUGGGCGUCUCCGCAUGUGCAGCCGCUUACCCCGGUGUCCGAGGUGUCGGAGCCGCCGGAGUCGCCUUCGCCGUACGGGGAUGGGCCGGCGGGGGAUGCUGGGGUGGGGGCGAGGGAAGGGGAAGGCCUCGGCCCCGGCGAGGAGGAGGUGGAGGACGACGAGGUCGAGCCCCCGCCCUCCGCGGUGUCGUUCUGGAGGCUGUUCGAGUUCGCUGACGGAAUCGACUGGGCGCUCAUGGUCGCUGGCGCUCUCGCCGCCGCGGCACACGGCGCUGCUCUUGUUAUCUACCUCCACUACUUUGGCAGGUCCUUGAAUUUGCUCGACUCUGAACGGGUUGAGUCUGCUCUCCACGGCCGCAGUGAUGAACUCCUUCACCGGUUUAAGGAGCAUGCUCUGUAUAUUGUCUAUAUAGCUGGUGGUGUGUUUGCUGCAGGAUGGAUAGAGGUGUCCUGUUGGAUUCUUACUGGGGAACGGCAGACUGCUGUCAUAAGAUCAAAAUAUGUUCAGGUCUUGCUAAAUCAAGACAUGAGUUUCUUUGAUACGUAUGGAAACAACGGUGAUAUAGUUAGUCAAGUGCUGAGCGAUGUAUUGCUUAUUCAGUCAGCCAUCAGUGAGAAAGUUGGGAACUACAUACACAAUAUGGCUACAUUUGUUGGUGGUCUUGUUGUUGGGCUGAUCAAUUGUUGGCAAAUAACUCUUCUAACACUUGCCACUGGUCCCUUGAUUGUUGCUGCUGGAGGAAUAUCUAACAUAUUUCUUCACAGGCUGGCCGAGAACAUUCAAGAUGCAUAUGCUGAAGCAGCUAGUAUUGCUGAGCAGGCCAUUGCAUACAUCAGGACGCUAUAUGCUUUUACAAAUGAAACUCUGGCAAAGUACUCAUAUGCUACGUCUCUUCAAGCAACUCUGAGAUAUGGAAUAUUGAUAAGCCUUGUGCAAGGGAUUGGCCUUGGAUUUACUUAUGGGCUUGCCAUUUGUUCUUGUGCUCUGCAACUUUGGGUUGGAAGGCACCUGAUUGCUCGGGGAAAAGCUGAUGGUGGUCAAGUUGUGGUAGCUUUGUUCUCCGUAAUUCUAAGUGGCCUUGGUUUGAACCAAGCAGCUACGAACUUCUAUUCAUUUGAACAAGGACGUAUUGCUGCUUAUAGACUGUAUGAGAUGAUAAGCCGUUCAACUUCCAGCACCAAUCAAGAAGGCUCCACCUUGCCUCUAGUGCAAGGGAACAUUGAAUUCAGGAAUGUGUAUUUUAGUUAUCUCUCCCGGCCUGAAAUUCCAAUUUUAAGUGGUUUCUUUCUCACUGUACCUGCCAGAAAAACUGUUGCACUUGUUGGUAGAAACGGCUCAGGGAAAAGUAGCAUAAUUCCUCUAAUGGAGAGAUUCUAUGAUCCAACCUUAGGAGAAGUACUUUUGGAUGGGGAAAAUAUAAAAAAUUUGAAAGUAGAAUGGUUGAGAAGCCAAAUUGGUCUAGUGACCCAAGAACCCGCAUUGUUGAGUUUGAGCAUUCGGGAAAAUAUUGCUUACGGAAGAUCUGCUACCUUUGAUCAGAUAGAAGAGGCAGCUAAGACAGCACAUGCCCAUGGGUUCAUUAGUUCACUUGAAAAGGGAUAUGAAACCCAGGUGGGUCGAGCUGGUAUGGCCCUGAGUGAUGAACAAAAGAUCAAAAUUUCUAUUGCCCGGGCCGUGCUUUCAAACCCUUCAAUUCUUUUGCUUGAUGAGGUCACAGGAGGGCUUGAUUUUGAAGCUGAAAAAGCUGUGCAAGAAGCAUUAGAUGUUCUCAUGUUGGGAAGGUCAACCAUUAUAAUAGCUCGGCGUCUCAGCCUCAUUAAAAAUGCUGAUUACAUAGCUGUGAUGGAGGAGGGACAUCUUGUUGAAAUGGGGACACAUGAUGAACUCCUGAACUUGGAUGGCCUUUAUGCUGAGCUUUUAAGGUGUGAGGAAGCAACAAAGCUUCCCAAGAGGAUGCCAACCAAGAAUGGCAAGGAGCGUAAGUCACUCCAAAUUGAGGAUCUGUCGGCCAGCCAAAGUUUUCAAGAAUCAUCCUCUCCCAAGAUGGCCAAAUCACCUUCUCUUCAAAGAACACAUGGAAUGCUUCAGUUUUGGCGAUCAGACACAAACAAAAACUCUCAUGAUUCCCCGAAGGAUCAGAGCCCACCUUCAGAACAAACUAUAGACAACGGGAUACCUUUGGUUGCAACCGAGAGAGUGCCAUCCAUCAAGAGACAGGAUAGUUUUGAAAUGAAAUUGCCCGAUCUUCCAAAAGUUGACAUCCAUCCCAUUCAACGACAGUCUUCAAAAAAUUCAGAACCUGACUCACCUAUAUCUCCUCUCUUAACUUCUGAUCCAAAGAACGAGCGAUCACAUUCACAAACUUUUAGUAGGCCGCAGAGUGAACGGGAUGAUACAAGUUCUGAACAGAGUGAACCAGAAGAGUUGCAACACCAUAAACCUCCAUCCUUUUGGAGACUUGCAGCACUUAGUAUUGCUGAAUGGCCCUAUGCACUUUUAGGCACAAUCGGUGCGGCUAUAUUUGGUUCCUUCAAUCCACUGCUUGCUUACACAAUAGCACUAAUAGUGUCAGCAUAUUACCGAAUAGAUGUUAGCGACAUGCACCAUGAAGUGAACAGGUGGUGCUUAUUCAUAGUAGGCAUGGGUGUUAUUACAGUGCUGGUCAACUGGUUGCAACAUUUCUAUUUUGGAAUAAUGGGAGAGAAGAUGACCGAGCGCAUAAGAAGAAUGAUGUUCUCUGCAAUUCUGCGCAAUGAAGUUGGAUGGUUUGACAAAGAGGAGAACAGUGCUGAUACACUAUCCAUGCGCUUGGCAAAUGAUGCUACAUUUGUCCGUGCCGCAUUCAGUAAUCGCCUUUCCAUAUUCAUACAAGACACCGCUGCAGUUUCAGUGGCUCUUCUUAUUGGAAUGCUGUUGGGAUGGCGGGUUGCACUUGUUGCUCUUGCAACUUUACCUGUUCUUGUCAUCUCUGCUAUUGCUCAGAAAUUGUGGCUUGCUGGCUUCUCAAAAGGAAUCCAGGAAAUGCAUAGAAAGGCCUCACUAGUUCUUGAAGACGCAGUCCGAAACAUUUACACUGUUGUAGCCUUCUGUGCUGGGAACAAGAUAAUGGAACUAUACAGGUUACAUCUUUGUAAGAUACUGAAGCAGAGUCUAUUGCAAGGAUUGGCCAUAGGUUUUGGCUUUGGAUUCUCGCAGUUUCUUCUUUUUGCCUGCAAUGCCCUUCUUCUUUGGUACACUGCCAUUUCAGUGGACAAGCAGCGACUCACAAUUGCCACAGGGUUAAAAGAGUACAUUCUCUUUUCAUUUGCAUCAUUUGCAUUGGUGGAGCCUUUUGGACUCGCUCCUUACAUUCUUAAAAGGCGGAAGUCUCUCAUUUCAGUGUUUCAAAUCAUUGACCGGGAACCAAAGAUUGAUCCUGAUGAUAACACCGGUUUAAAACCACCUAAUGUUUACGGGAGCAUUGAAUUCAAGAAUGUUGAUUUCUCUUAUCCAGCUCGUCCUGAAAUUCUUGUGCUGAGCAAUUUUAAUCUUAAAGUGAGUGGUGGACAAACAGUUGCCGUGGUAGGGGUUUCAGGAUCGGGGAAGAGCACUAUAAUUUCUUUAAUUGAGAGAUUCUAUGACCCAGUGACUGGCCAAGUUCUGUUGGAUGGCCGAGAUAUAAAAUCAUUCAACCUGAGAUGGUUGCGAAGUCACAUGGGCCUAAUUCAGCAAGAGCCAGUUAUUUUCUCGACAACGAUAAGAGAGAACAUUAUUUAUGCAAGGCACAAUGCAACAGAGGCUGAGAUGAAGGAAGCUGCGAGGAUAGCAAAUGCCCACCAUUUCAUUAGCAGCUUGCCACAUGGCUACGACACUCAUGUUGGAAUGAGGGGGGUUGACCUUACAGCUGGGCAGAAGCAACGAAUUGCAAUUGCUAGGGUGGUUUUGAAGAAUGCACCUAUUUUGUUGUUAGAUGAGGCCAGCUCCGCAAUUGAGUCUGAAUCAAGUAGGGUGGUGCAGGAAGCUCUUGACACAUUGGUCAUGGGGAACAAAACAACCAUCCUCAUUGCGCACAGGGCAGCGAUGAUGAAGCAUGUGGAUAACAUUGUCGUCCUAAAUGGUGGUAGGAUAGUUGAGCAGGGUACACAUGACUCUCUGAUGGACCUGAAUGGUCUCUAUGUUAGAUUGAUGCAACCCCAUUUUGGCAAGGGCCUUCGCCAGCAUCGGCUAAUGUAAUUAGUGUUGAGUUUGUUAGGUGUAAAUUAUCCUAGCGCGUGAUCAAGUUCCUUUUCGCUCUGUUCAGCCAGGGGUCAUGGUUCUGUGGCUUACCGUUUUGUCGGAGGAAAAAUGUUAGGUGUCGCUGGCGCUGCUCUGAAUGAGCGGAAUGGUGACCUGGUCUUGACAACAAAAUUUUAGUCUGAAGAUUCAGAUGACUAGCUUUGUUGAAACUCUAGGAACUUAUUCUGGAAAUAGUUAGCGGGUUUGGAGGGGAACUUAUUCUGGAAAUAGUUAGCAAGUUUGGAGGGCAUUGUAAUUGUUGUAAUAUAUGAGUUGCAAACAUUCUUUCUGAGGCCUGUGUACUUGAUUCCUUUCGCCUCUGUAAUGUAUUGGUUUGAUCGUGCACACGUCUGUAUAGAAACGCUGUUGAUCUGUUAAGUCCUUGGCUCCGGAGACUAUGGCCUAA